GUUUUGAAUAUAUAAAUUUUAAAAUAAAUCAUUCAUUUGUACUUUAAAUAAUAUAAUAAUUUAAUUAACUGUGAACUGACAUUGACAGUGACAUUACAGCAUCAACAAGAAAGUUAAACAUCAAUAUUGUUAGGAUUUAAUUGAUUAAACAGAAUAUCAGGACACAAGGAUCAGUGCCAGUACCAGUACACACCUCUAGUGGACAGAAUAAUAAAUAAUAAUUGAAUUAUUUAUUUUGUAUGUAUGUGUAUGAUGAAGUCAAAAAUCGAUUUUAUUUAUCGUAGUUUGUUGAUCACUAGGAUAUUUGUGAAGGGUUGGGGUCCUCCAAAAGUUAUUAAAACCUUAUUUAACUUACGAAAACAUUUUGCAAUACGUAAAAAUAUUGAAGAUUUUGUUAAGGAAAAAACAUCUGUGAAAAUUACAGACAUUUUUCAAUGUAAAGAUUAUCAAUUGAUGCGAGGUGAGUUUGUAACUCCUCUGUGUGAACCAAGCAAGAAUACCGUGUUCUUGGUGCCUCCAGCAGCCAGAGUCGCUCGUUUUGAAAUCAUCUUACCAAAUGAAUGGAAGGACUCCAAUCAUAAACCUGUUUGCAUUCAUUUAGCUGGAACUGGUGAUCAUUUUUAUUGGCGUCGACGUCGUUUCAUGGCUAAACCUCUAAUUCGAGAUGCUGGUAUUGGUGCAAUAAUUUUAGAAAAUCCAUUUUACGGUUCACGAAAACCAAAAGAUCAAGUGCGUUCAAAUAUACAUUACGUAAGCGACAUCUUUGUUAUGGGAGCCUGUUUAAUAUUAGAAUGCUUUGUCCUACUUAAAUGGUGUGAAAAACAAGGAUUUGGUCCACUAGGAAUCACUGGUAUUUCAAUGGGAGGUCAUAUGGCUUCUUUAGCAGCAGCUGCAUGGCCUAAACCUAUAAUUUUAGUACCUUGUUUAUCAUGGACCACAGCAUCCUCUGUCUUUACUGAGGGUGUUAUGGCUAAGUCAAUUGAUUGGCCUCUACUAACGCAACAAUUUUAUGGAAAUCCACAACUUAGUGCUAUAUUUGGAAGUGGAAGACAAUUCAUUAAUGAUUUAUUUAAAACAAAUACUUCAACUGCAACUAUUUUAAAAAGUCAAACUGCAAGUAAUAUUGAAUUAUCAGAAUUGAUUGAAAAAACUGAUAUAAGAACAAUACGAACACAAUUGGAGCAGUUGGAGAGAAAGGAUAUGAUUCAUAGUGAAAAGAAUUUAAGUGGUUACUUUGAUAUCCUCUACGAGCAAUUGUUUAAAGAGACACGUGACACCAGUGUCGUCCAAUUCAUGAAAAUGAUCAUGGAUGAAUUUACUGAUCUAAGAAACUUUCCACAUCUGGUUGAUCCAAAACUGUGCAUCUCAUUGUGUGCGAUACAUGAUGCUUAUGUGCCACGUGAGGGCUGUGUCGACUUGACAGACAUUUGGAAAGGGGCUGAUGUUCGUUAUAUUAAAACUGGUCAUGUUGGUGCUAUUCUUAUUUAUAAUUCUUUAUUUAGACAAUGCAUUGUAGAAGCAUUUGAACGAGCUCGUACACGUACACAUACAACACACACACAUACAGAUACUGAUACACAUACAACUAACUCUUAUCACACACAUCAUCCAUCAAAUCUAGUUACUUCAAGUUCAAGUUCAAAUUCAAAUUCAAAUGUUUUACUUGAUAGUAUUUCAAGUAAAUCAAAUUCAAAAGCACAUGUAGAUAGUUGAUUAAAAUUAAAUACUUAAUUAUGUAUUUAAUUUUAAUUACAGUAACAAUAGAUUAUAUAAUACUUGUGCUUGUACUUGUAAUUUAAAAAUCAUGCAACAUAAUAAAAGAAAAUAAAUUAAACUUAACUGAUUUAAAGUCAAAGUUUGUAAUAUUUAAUACAUACAUGUAUUAUGGGUGUGUUCCGAUACACACUGCGAGCAUUGCUCGGUGCUCUUACUGGAGAGAAAAUCGGUCCGAUAUAGACUAUCAGUGCACUGCUGCAGUACUCUCAGGAAAUUAGUUACGUCAAGAAAGGUCAUGAAUCACCGCCAUUUUUGUACUGCAAGCACUGACAUUUUA